ACAGGACGCAUGCAGCUGCCUUCCAUCAUGCUGCUCCUCCUUCUUCCCCUCCUCUUUUCCUCUCCAUCAAUCUCCACCGCACAAGAUUUCGACUUCUUCUACUUCGUCCUGCAGUGGCCGGGCUCUUACUGCGACACCAAGCAAAGCUGCUGCUAUCCGACCGCCGGAAAGCCCACGGCCGACUUCGGCAUCCAUGGGCUCUGGCCGAAUUACGCCGACGGAUCUUAUCCAUCGAAUUGCGAUUCCGGCAACGCUUACGAUGCCUCACAGAUCGGAGAUUUAAUAGGGAGCUUGAGAUCGAAGUGGCCCAGUCUGGCUUGCCCCAGCGGCGACGGCUCCACCUUCUGGAGACACGAGUGGGAGAAGCACGGGACGUGCUCGGAGUCCGUCCUCGACCAGCACGCCUACUUCCAAGCCUCCCUCCGCCUCAAGAGCCAAAUCAACCUCCUCCAAGUACUGCAAGAUGCAGGGAUACGGCCGGAUGGGGGAUUUUAUAGCAUCAGGGGGAUAUCGAGUGCGAUCAGGGACGGGAUCGGCUUCGAACCAGGGGUGGAGUGCAACGUCGACGAGGCCGGGAAUCGGCAGCUGUAUCAGGUGUACGUGUGCGUCGACGCGACGGGGAAGCGGCUCAUCGACUGCCCGGUUUUGCCCGCCAGCAAAUGCUCUUCCCGCGUGGAGUUCCCGCCGUUCUAGUACAAAUGAUUGUGUGUUUAUAUAUAAUGCAUGGUUAAUUAAUUAUAAUGUAGAUGGAUUCCAUAUUAAGAAAUAUUAAAUAUAUAUUUGUAUUGAACCUUAA